CUCGUCGUUUAUAAAAACUCAAAUUUCUUCCGCUCCAAGAUACUCUCUUAAAAAUAACUUCUCGGACUCUCUGUCUUUCUCACAAACUUUCAUCUGCUUUCCCUAUCGAUCUCUCAGAAAUCAAAAAAAAUGUCUCAGGUAGCUGUGGAGGUUCCUCCAAAGGGUGGUUUCAGUUUCGAUUUGUGCAGAAGAAAUGGCAUGCUUUCUAAAAAGGGUGUUCCGCCUCCAUCUUAUCGCAAGACUGGAACUACUAUUGUGGGUCUAAUUUUUCAGGAUGGUGUCAUUCUGGGGGCAGACACAAGAGCCACUGAAGGACCUAUUGUUUGUGAUAAGAAUUGUGAGAAAAUUCAUUAUAUGGCGCCUAAUAUUUAUUGCUGCGGAGCAGGAACAGCUGCUGAUACAGAGGCUGUAACAGACAUGGUCAGUUCUCAGCUGCAACUACAUCGGUAUCAUACUGGUCGAGAAUCUAGGGUUGUCACUGCUCUUACUCUUUUAAAGUCUCACCUUUUCAAAUACCAAGGUCAUGUUCAAGCUGCUUUGGUGCUUGGUGGAGUUGAUGCUAAUGGACCACAUUUGCACACUAUCUACCCUCAUGGAUCAACAGACACCUUGCCAUUUGCUACAAUGGGUUCUGGUUCCCUUGCUGCAAUGUCUGUUUUUGAGUCGAAGUACCGUGAAGGGCUGACAAAAGAAGAAGGAAUAAAAUUGGUGUGUGAGGCUAUUUGCUCUGGCAUAUUCAAUGACUUAGGAAGUGGAAGCAAUGUAGAUGUUUGUGUGAUAACUAAGGGACAAAAAGAGUACUUGAGAAACCACCAGUUACCAAAUCCUCGCACCUAUGUCAGUUCCAAAGGAUUUUCAUUUCCCAAGAAGACUGAGGUUCUAUUGACAAGGAUCACACCAUUGAAAGAAAUGGUGGAAGUGAUUGAAGGAGGAGAUACUAUGGAAGAAUAAGAUUUUUGAUUCAACUCCAUGUUGCAGUUUGAAUGAAUUUCUAUUAUAAUUCCUUUGCUUUAGAUCUCUUUGUGUAGAGUGAUUUGAAUGAACUGUUUCAGGUCUAAUGGUCAAUUUCAAACUUUGGUCUAUUAUGUUUGGCAGAUUCAAGCUGGAAAUCAUAGUGAGUGCCUUAAAUCU